AUGAAGCCUCUCCUCCCCCUCCUCCUCUCCGUCCUCCCAGCAACAACCUCCGCCUGGACCUUCACCUGGCGAAACGCCUCCUCAUCCAGCUUCCUCAAAAACAGCCACGACCCAAUCCCCUGCACGAACAUCGACCAAGCAAAGGGCCAGGAGUUCGACUUCCACCCCGAAAACGACAACUACAACCUCUACGUCUGGGCCACGGAGAACUGCACCGGCGAGUACGCAGGGUAUACGACGCCCGACGUGUGGCGGAAAAAGGCGAGCAAGGAUCUGCGCUCGUAUUUGGUUGAUUAUGGCGAUGGGUCGGGGCCGAUGUCCACGGCUUUAGCGACGGCCUCUACGAGUACAUCGACUUCGUCUGCUUCUACUUCUACAGCGUCGACCACGUCAACAACAGGGACAGCUGCGGCUUCAGCGUCAGCUACAGCUACAGCCAGUGCUUCGAGUUCAGCGUCAUCCGACACCGAAAACGGAUCAGCCAUUUCUGGCGGCGCCAUCGCAGGCAUCGUGAUAGCCAUAGUAGCCGGCCUAAGCAUCCUCGGCGCCGGAUUCUUCUACCUCGGACGUCGAGCUCGACGCGGAAACACGACUCUUCCUGGUAGCAAUCCAUCCCAGGCAUCGCCACCACCACCACCGCAGAACAUGUACCCAUCCCCGAGCUCGAUACCACCCAGCUCGUCGCACGGCGGCGCAGAAACCGGCUUCGGAGCUACAGCUCAAUACCCGCAAGCCCAUGGGCCAACACAGCAACAGCAGUCGAUGCUGUAUUACGGUGAUUCGUCGCCUCUAGCGCAGACGCACUCUCAGCAGAUGGAGAUGAAGUCGGGGACGCAGAAAGAGUGGGUUGAGCUUCCGGGGGAGGAUAUGGCGGCGGAGUUGAGUGGUAGUCGGCAGGUGAAUGAGUUGGAGGGACAUUCGAAGAUGAUGUAUCAAUGA